AUGCUCUUAAAAUCCGUUGUCUUUGCCACGCUGGCUGCAGCCGGAGUGCCGCGUUCGAUUCCUGGGCGGAAUCAGACACCAGAUCGGUGCGGUACGACUCAGGUCUCGAAGAGUUUCGUGAAGACGGUCUCUGAUCUCAAGCCCCUGGAAUCCGCCAUGAAGCUGGGUGCCCGCAGCAGCAGCAAUAGCUCAAGCAACGGCCUUCCCACGAUCGACGUCAAGGUGCAUUUCCACACGGUCAGCUCGGAGGCCAAGCGCGACUACAUCUCGGACCAGGCCCUCGACAAGCAGUUUGCGCUACUCCGCGACGUAUACGCAAACUACGACAUCAACAUUCAGCGGGAUGAGACAGUUGCCUCCCGGACAGUCGACGACUUUCUCGCCACUGGGAGCUGGCCUCUCACCAGCCAGCAGGUUGCCGCUAAGAAAGACUUUCUGACCAGGACCCGAAAAGGAGGCUACGAUGCAAUUAACCUCUACUUUUAUACCGAUAUGCUCGAGAACUUCUGGGGAUCGUGCACACUGCCACAGGACAACGUGACUCGCACUUUUGACGAUGUCAACUUCCGCGAGGAUGGCUGUGGGAUCAACGCCGACAGUCUUCCCAACGGUCCAUUCGAGCGGGUCGGCCUUGGGUACACCACGAUCCAUGAGGUGGGACACUGGUUCGGUCUCCUGCACGUCUUUCAAGGCUACACUUGUGAGGGUAGCGGCGACUUUGUCGACGAUACACCUGCCGCUCAGGUUGACACGACAGGAUGUCCUAUAGGCAAGGACUCCUGUCCCGAUGUCCCUGGCCUAGACCCUAUUCACAAUUACAUGGACUACUCUGAUGACUCUUGCUACAACGAGUUCACCGAGGGUCAGAAACUGCGCAUGCAUAGCAUGUGGGAAACGCUGCGACUUUCAGCAAAGGUCAUCUCUUAA